AUGAGUCGCUUCUCUGCUUUUCUGCCUUUGUACUCAUCAGAGGAGGAGGAGGUGGAUCUGCAGACGGCUCUGACGGGCUUCCAGACCAAACAGAGGAAGAUCCUAGAGCCUGUUGACCACGGGAAGAUCCAGUACGAGCCGUACCGCAAAAACUUCUAUGUGGAGGUCCCUGAACUUGCGAGGAUGACGCAGGAAGAUGUGAAUGCGUACAGGCUGGAACUGGAAGGGAUUAUCGUUAAAGGGAAAGGCUGUCCCAAACCCAUCAAGACCUGGGUGCAGUGUGGGGUGUCUAUGAAGAUCCUCGGUGCUCUGAAAAAGCACGGCUACGAGAAGCCCACCCCCAUCCAAUCCCAGGCAAUCCCUGCCAUCAUGACGGGCAGAGACCUCAUUGGCAUCGCUAAGACUGGCAGCGGGAAAACCAUAGCCUUCCUGCUGCCCAUGUUCCGACACAUCAUGGACCAGAGGCCCCUGGAGGAGUCUGAGGGACCAAUCUCCAUCUAA